UUUUUCCCCAUUCAGAUGAAGUAGUUUCCGGGCGACAGGGUACCAGCAGUAAACAUGGCGGAGGACCUGCUGGAAACAGUGGAUAGACUUCAGUCCCGGCUCCUGGAGAACCCGGAGCCUCGAAAGCUGCUGAAGACUUUGAAAAGACUGGGGGAACUUCCCAUGACAGUGGACAUACUGGUGGAAACUGGAGUGGGGAAGAUUGUGAAUUCUUUUAGGAAACACCAACUUGCUGGAGAGGUGGCAAAAGGUCUCGUUGCCAAAUGGAAGAAACUGGUUCCUCAGUCUGCAGACAGACCCACCAACAGCCACAUCAACGAGGCUCCACGCUCACACAAUAACUCUGAAGGCCCGGAGGCAGCAGGAGGCCACAGACGCACCCGGGAGCCCUCCCCGGAGGAAGAGCCCUCCUUCAUGGAAGAAGAAGAAGAGGAGGAGGAGGAGGAGGAGGAAGAAGAGAAGGAAGAGAGAGGCUAUCACACAAACUACUCGCCCUCUCCCCCCCACCAGGAGCAGUAUACCCCUCCACGGCGGGGAGGCUACCAGUCAGACGAGUGCGAGAGCCCCGAGCACGAACCUGAGCCCGAGCAUGAGCCGAGUCCUCCUCCUCCUCCCCGAAAAGAAGUCCGCCACGUCAAACCAAACAAAGAACCAAUCAAAAAUCACCACCACGGGUCCCACAGCGACAGAAACAGGGACAGAGACGAGGAGCGGCGGCAACGCCAUGCAGAGAUGAGUAGUGAUCGAGGAGGAGAAGGAGAAGCCGAUGAAGGGAGAAAACGCAGCGCAGACAGAGAGCGACAGCAGAGUCCGGUACAGAAGUCUGCAAAGCACAGCAGGAAGUCCACCACACAGGAGGGCAAGAGGGAGGAGAAGAAGAAGGGAGGAGAUGAGGGGCAACCGCGGGCGCCGAGGGAAACUCUGCUCAAACAGGAGGACGAUGACUUUGAGACUCCCACCAUGUCCUUCGAGUCUUUCCUCACAUAUGACGCCCCGACGCCCGUUAAGAAGAAGAAGAAGCCUUCAUCCUCCUCCUCCUCACACAGUCGACCAUCCCACUCUUCCUCCACGUCGUCCUCCCAUCGCUCACACUCCCCUCCCCCCACCUCUUCAUCCAAAGGGAGCAAAGCUAACGGCACGCAGAGCAGCAAGAGGCAACACUCAGGCUCCAACUCGGCUUCAACGGAAAAACGCAAGAGGGCGGUGGAGAUCCCUGCGUCUCUCCCUGAGAUCCCUCUGCCAGCCAUCCAGCCCAACUACAGACCUCUGCCCUCCCUCGACGUCACUCCGCUGUCGCCUCAGAGACGGAAAGUUCCUGUCAGCAACGAUGAGGAGGAUUCCGGCUUCACAGGGAAGAGAUUCAACUCUAAGAUGACGGUCUACUCGGGAUCAAAGACCGCCUACCUGCCCAGGAUGAUGACUCUGUACGAGCAGUGCAUCCGCGUACUGCAGAACAACAUCGACUCCAUCGCUGAGGUUGGAGGAGUGCCGUUUGAGAUCCUGGAGCCGGUGCUGGAGCGAGGCACUCCGGAGCAGCUGUACCGCAUCGAGCAGAGCAACCAGUGGUUUACGGAGGAAUCUGACGAGCUGUGGAUGCGUCACUGUCAGCGGGACUUUAAGCGCGAGUCUCCUCAGGAGUACGAGUCGUGGAGGGAGAUGUACCUGAGGCUGCACGACGAGCGUGAGGAGCGCCUCAGGAUGCUCACCCAGAACAUCUCCUCCGCCCACGCCAACAAGCCAAAAGGGCGGCAGGUAAAGAUGGCGUUUGUGAAUUCUGUGGCCAAGCCGCCGCGUGACGUCCGCCGCCGUCAGGAGAAGUUCGGCACCAUCAGCGGUUCUUCAGCCUCCUCCACCUCAGCGGCCGCUCCCAUAAAAAUAAGACCAGCCACCAUAAACUACUCUGCAGAAUCGAUGCGCUCCUCUUCCUCCCAAUUUAACCCUUCUGCAGGCGUGUCCCGCUCCUCAGCAGCAGCAGCAGCAGCAGGAGGAGCAGGAGCAGGAGCAGGAGCAGGAGGAGGAGGAGGACCUGCCGCCAAGGACAAGCCACAGGUCAAAAGUAAAAAUCGCCCCCAUGAUGGCCAAAACUAUCAAAGCUUUCAAGAACCGAUUCUCCCGCCGAUAGUGUGAAAGAGACUGAAUGUAUUUUAUCAAUUCCAACUGUGUUUUUAAUUUUUUAUUUAAGUUGAGCAAAAUUGUAAUGAAGACCCCUUCAUCCCAACACACACACACACACACACACACACACACACACACACACACACACACACACACACACACACACACACACACACACCAUCAUCUUUACCCAUCGAACAUAUCAUAGGAACUUUUCAGUAUUGCUUGAAACAUGGUUCGUUUUUUAAAAUGAAAUGACGGUCGAUAGGUUCGAGCUCCGUGUAAAAGCAAUGAGUCAACCCCUUUUUACAAGACGCAAAGGACACACACGCACACAAAUACACUCGCACUUGCAAACACACAGUCUGUUACUUUUUCUUGUUUUCCAGCAAACUUUUAAAAAAGGAAUAGCUCCACUCCUUUUGGGAAACACUAUUUUUCCUAGUCAACAAAAAGAUUGAUACCAUUCAUGACUGUAUGUUAAAUAUGAAGCUAGAACCAGGAGACGCUUAGCUUAGCAGUCUAACUGGAAGCAGGUGGGACACAGCUAGCCUUGAUCUUUACAAAGGUAACAAAGUUAGUUGGAAACUACUACUAUUUUUGUACAUAUUGAAAAACUGAGAAACCUAUUCAUAUGUGGUGGUAGGGUAUUGCUGAAAUGCUAGCUGUUUUCCCCCGUUUCCAGUCUUUAUGCUAGUUAGCCAGCUAAUGGCUUUAGCUUCACAGUUUAGCAUACACAAGAUGGAGUGGAAUAAUCUUCUUAUGUAACUCUUGGCAAAAUAUAAAUUAGCAUUCUCCUUCAACUAAAAUAGCAAACUUUUCUUCAUGAGACAGAAAACAAUACGAAUUCAUUGAUGUUUUAAGAUUAGCUGUUUUUUAAUCACGAUCAAAUGGUACACUACAUGAGGAAAAACUUUAGACUACAUAGCCUACCGUUGCAUUUUUUUAAUCUUAAUUGCAUGCAUGGUGCACGUCAGCCGAGACAAAAACUGGCUCGUCAAAGACCCUGCUUUUUAAAAUCAAACAAACAGAUGCAUAUUUAAACGUUUCUUUGUGUAGGGCUUUACUGAUAUCAGUCAACUACACACACGCACACACAUUGUAGACUUAUUUUCAACCCUCCUGUGGUUUCAGAUCAUGUUUUCCUGCUGUUGAAUGUGUGUGUCCCUGUUGUUAAUAUAUGCACACUGUGACAAAUGGCUUGAGGGGGAGCUGAAGAGACUGCAGGAGAGAAGAACAUCAAGCAAACGCAACAACGGGGAAAUUAUGUAAUAGGACGUCUGCAGCUUCAGUUUCUACAACAUGAUGAUGAGAUGUAUUUAUUUUCAACACUGGGACCUGGUACCCGACAACAUGGGCCCGAAUGGAAUUAGAUUAAAAAUUGUAAUUUUAUUAGAUUUUAAUAAAUGUUAUAUGGUCAUUUUUAUUAAAAUUGACUUUUUGCCCUU